AUGAAUGCCAAACAAAAGUACUCCAUAUACCGGGCUGAUUCAAGUGACAACGAAGGUCAAAAUGUCGCUCACUCACAUAUGGUAUCGGUGUCAGCCGAUCAGCACAGACAGUUAAUAGAGCCAAGUUCCCCAAUGAAGCUACGACCAGAAAGUAUUCAGGAUAAUGAGCAAACAGAAUUUAUCAUGCAUAACUGGGAGCCUACUUUGGACAUCAGGGCUGACUGGAGCUGGGGCGAAGAUGAACGCGGUGAGCGCGACAGCCAAGAUAUCAUUGUCAAUCCCUUGGUCAAGCGUUCCACAGCUUCGGAUGCUUUAUUACGAGAGUGGAUGGGAUAUGAUGGACGUGCCAGCUAUCGAGAGGAGUUUCUCCUCGAAGAUCUACGACUAGAGGGUCAUGGUGAUGCAGGGCUGCUUGCUUGCUCAUGCGGAAGAUUGGAUGAGAGUAACUACCCAAUAUCAAGUUUAUUCCGGUGCGAGGAAUGCUUUGGGCGAGACAUGCUUUGCCAGGAAUGUUGCCUGGAUUGCCACAAGCGCUUGCCAUUGCAUGUCAUUAACAUUAACAUCGGCUUGCGUGUACAGUUAGGACACUCAGAUAUGACAUGUGCAUGUCCUGUGGGUGGACAUACGGAAUUUCUUGUUUUGCAUGUCAACGGAAUUCACCGCGUGAAUGUUGACUUUUGUGGAUGUGACUGGCGAGUUUCUCACCGCCAACAACUCAUGCGAUGUGACUGGUUUCCCUCAACAGUACAUCAACCUCAAACAGCGUGCACCUGUCGACUUCUUGAGCACUUCUUGCUGCUUACAUGGUCCAGUAAAAUUUCCGCUUUCGAGUACUACCAAACUUUAGAGCGUCUCACAGACAACACUGGUAUCUUUGUUCCAAAGAGUCACUAUUCAGCAUUCCUGCGCAUGAUCCGGGAAUAUCGCCAUAUGUUACUCUUGAAGCGAAGUGGGCGAGGUCAUGUGGAAAACGGAAUCUCCAAUUUACAACCAGGCGAACUCGCAUUGCAUUGCCCUGCAUGCCCGCAACCUGGAGUUAACCUACCCAGAGGUUGGGAAACUGUAGACCCCUCCAUGAAAAUUCGAUCGUCGGAUUUGGCGGACCCCGGGAUGCAUACUGGUCUUGCAUAUUUUGUUGCAAAUGAGCCUUACAACGCUCAUGUGUUGCAAUUUGCCUCCCAGAAAGAUGUCAGUACAUGCAGUGGUUUUAGUACUCUGGCACAUGCAGAGUCAAAAUUCUCAAAUGGACUAUGGGCCAGAGGCAUUGGGCUCUGCCUAUGUGCACGUCAUGAAUUUGUGUGUCCCAAAGGAGUGGGUGAUCUACAAAAGGGCGAACACUUCUGCAACAUGGACUUCAAUUUUUUUUCAGCUAUCAUCCCCCUUCUUCUGUUGAACGUCGUCAUCUCUUACAAUGUUGCUUGUCAGUGGAAAAUCAACCUUCUCAAUAGAAUGAACAGACUUCCUCAGAAUAUGCAUAUCCCUGUCGUAUUCGCAACAACAGCGUUCAUGUUUGGAAUCCCGAAGUUUCAUGCCAGUGCCCAUGACGACUGCUGCACUAUCCCACAUUCGCUCAACCUCAUGCCAGGAGUAGGCCAAACAGAUGGAGAAGGCAUUGAGCGAAAUUGGGCAGAGAUAAACCGGGUUGCGAAUAGUACCAAGGAAAUGGGACCUGGUGCGCGACAUGAUACCCUGGAUGACCACUUUGGUCAUCAUAAUUGGCAUAAAUUUGUUGGCCUCGGUCUCUCGUUACGAAAGAAACUCAUAAUUGCAGUCAAGGAACGUGAUCGUCAGCAGGCUGCCUUCCAAGAGUUCAAUCUCGCAGUUGGCACAUCAUAUCAGAACCAGUGGACUGCAAUGGUCAAGAGCUGGGAGGAGGACAAGACACAGCCAAACCCAUUCACAACCAGAGAACGUGGUAUAUCUGAAGCUGAUGUACGCGCCCACUUCGCUGAAUUUCACCGUCACAAUAUGUCCCCGAGUGUAUUUGUUACAUGGGGUCUAUCAUUGGAAGACUGCCAAAGACGUUUGCGCUUUGAUAUAAUUGGUGGGGCGCUGUCAUCAUCUCAGCAAACAGAGUUGCAACGGCGCCGGACUGCACUUCUCAAACAAAUCCAUCGAUUCCGCUCCGUUCAAGCUACCUACACAGUCGAUCUAGAGAAUCUGCUUGAGCAGAAUGACGAUGGCUCUUUAGUAGAAGCUGAAAAUAUCAUUCUCUGGCUGCCAUCCAGAAUAAGUGCUUCGAUUCGAACAGUUCAUCUCAUCAAACACAGGAAUAGGGAUGCCCAUGGUCAAAGGGCCAACACACGUGCAGCAUCAGUCAUUAGUCGCUUGGAUGACAAGAUCAAGAUGAUAGCUGAGAAGUAUCAUACCACUUGGCCUGAUGCAUGGGAGAAUGAACUCCGGCCUCUUGACGCCCACGAUGUCUGGGGACCAAGUGAGGAUGUUGGAUCGAUAGAGAAUCCCUCUGAUAUUGUUGGAGCCGAUGGACGCAAACGGACCAGGAAGCAAUCGGCUGCCGCCAUCAGACGUCUCGGACAAGGCUUCAUGCGGGUCUCGUGGAUUUGGACUUCAGUUGGUGUGUUAGAGGACAAUGAUGACAUCAAUUUGAAUGACGCACUCUGCGUGGAAUGGGUGAAAGCCCGUGCACGCGCCCUACGCUGGAAUGAAGAAGUUUUACUCCUGAAGGAAGAGAUGUGGCGCACACGUGCUUAUCUUGAGUGGAAAGCUAGGUGGUGGGAUAUUCGUGCAGAAUUUGCGGCUUCUACUUCCCAGUUGAUUGUUGACGAGGACAGGGACGUGUUUAUUGAUGCUGAGACCGAUCAGGAUGAUGCAGAGGAUGACAUGGAGGAUUGA